GAGAGAGAAAGAGAGAGAGAGGUCAGUGGUGUGAAUGCGGCUGUGUGAGGUUCAGUGCAUCAGCUGUGAUAUCGGUGAUUAUUGAAAAGGGAAGAAGCAGCGGGAGCGCGCGGACACUGAGAGAUUGGAUAGGAGGACAGAGGACAGGGGAGCAGGAGGACAGGAGGACAGGGGAACAUGUCCAUGCCAAUAAGUGAAGCGGAGGUGAAGGUAGCUGAAUGGCAAAAGACGUAUUACGCGGCCGAUUCUGGCAUCCAAUCAGGAGCCACAACUGUAAACGAUGAGGACCAAUCAGAGAUCAAUGCCAAAACUUUUGCCGUGGAGGACUGUAGUGCAGAUUUUGACGCGCAGUUGGUUCUGACCCGAGCUCAGCGUGUCCGGGCGGCCAUGUUUCCCGAGACCUUAGCAGAGCGUGAGACGUUAGCACUGAGUGACUCACAGUCCAACGUUCAGCGUCUGACUGAACCGUCACACCUCCUGAACAACGCCAUUGUUCACCUGAUCAACUACCAGGAUGAUGCUGAGCUUGCCAAACGCGCCAUGCCAGAGCUCAUCAAACUGCUGACUGACGAUGACCAGGUAGUGGUGAGGAAGGCGGCUCUGAUCGUGAGCCGUCUGGUUCGUAAUGACGCUUCUCGCCAUGUGAUGAUGCAGUCAGCGGUGAUGAUGUCAGCGGUACUGCGGGUGAUGCAGAGCUCAAGCGACAUGGAAACGAUUCGCUGCAUGGCCAGCAUCCUGCACUGCCUGUCGCACCACCACCAGGGGCUGAACGCCAUCUUCACUGCCGGGGGCAUUCCUGCACUCAUCCACAUGCUCAGUUCUCCAGUGGAGGCGGUGUUAUUUUACUCCAUCACUACACUACAUAACCUCCUGCUCCACCAGGAUGGCUCCAAGAUGGCAGUACGAAUGUGUGACGGUCUGCAGAAGAUUGUUCCUCUGCUCAAACACACAAACCCAAAGUUCCUCGCUAUUACCACCGACUGCCUGCAGAUCCUCUCCUAUGCCAACCAGGAGAGUAAGCUGAUCAUCUUGGCAAGUGGAGGUCCCGAGAGUUUAUUGUCCAUCAUGAAGAACUAUAACUAUGAGAAGCUGCUGUGGACAACCAGCAGAGUGCUGAAGGUGCUGUCAGUGUGUCCCAGCAACAAACCCGCCAUCGUCAGUGCAGGGGGCAUGCAGGCUCUCUCUCUGCACCUGACCGGUUCUAGUGCUCGUCUCGUUCAGAACUGCCUCUGGACUCUGAGGAACCUGAGUGAUGCUGCCACCAAACAGGAAGGUCUGGACUCUCUACUCCACAUCCUCGUGACUCAGCUUGGCUCAGAUGAUGUUAACAUUCUGACAUGUGCUACAGGAAUCCUCUCUAACCUGACGUGUAAUAACGCACGUAAUAAGUCAUUGGUAGUGCAGCGUGGCGGUGUGGAGGCACUUAUCAACGCUCUUUUGCGAACCACUGUGAAUCAGGACGAGGCCGAGCUGGCCAUAUGUGCCGCGGUGAAUCAGGACGUGGCCGAGCCGGCUGUAUGUGCCCUACGCCACCUCACUGGCCGCCACCCACUCGCCCAGACAGCGCAGAAUGAAGUGCGAGUUCACUAUGGCGUCCCAGUCGUCAUUAAGCUACUGGGACAGCAACACUACUGGCCUGUCGUCAAGGCCAUCGUUGGUCUGAUACGUAAUUUGGCACUCUGUCCAGCCAAUCAGGCACCUCUAAGGGAGGCAGGUGCAAUACCGCGAUUGGUUAACCUGCUUUUGAAGGCUCAUCAGGACCUACAAAGACUCAGCACACAGAACACCUACCAGGAUGGAGUUAGUAUGGAGGAAAUAGUAGAAGGCUGCACUGGAGCAUUACACAUUUUGGCCAGGGAUCCGAUUAACCGCAGUGAAAUCUCCAACAUGCAGACCAUCCCUCUGUUUGUACAGUUGUUAUACUCGUGUGUUGAGAGCGUGCGGCGAGUCUCAGCUGGUGUUUUAUGUGAACUCGCUCUGGAUAAACACUCGGCCGAACUAAUCGACGCUGAAGGAGCUUCUGCUCCACUGAUGGAGCUACUGCACUCCACGAAUGAAGGGAUAGCCACCUAUGCUGCCGCUGUGCUCUUCAGGAUCUCAGAGGACAAAAACUCGGACUACAGGAAGAGAGUGUCAGUGGAGCUCACACACUCACUGUUCAAACACGACACACAUGCCUGGGACAUGGCGCCACACAGUACAAUGACCCUCGAUCAUGGUUACAUACAGGAUGGGGGCAUGUCCUCUCUGUAUGUUUACUCGGACCUUCCUGUUGAUGCUCUCCCUCUGGAUACUGAUGUCCAUGAGCCAUACGUGUCAGAAAUGACCUUUGACCCCCGACAUGUUUACCCAGAACCACUUUAAAAGCACAGUUAGACAAGUCAAAUCAGUAAGCUGGAGGGUGAUGGACACAUGGAUGUGGGGCUUGAGGACCUGUGGAGGUUACACUUAAUGUGACAUGCUGUUGGGGCCAAAAUGUGAAAUCCCCCAAAAAUUUAAAAUAUAAAAAAUAUACAACUAAAAAUCAGCCAUUGGAUAAGCAAUAGUGGAGACAUGUAAAGGUAGGGCUUAAGGACAAAUGGAGACAGAGCUCCAGAACAUGUGGAAGCAGGGCUUAAGGACAUGUAGAGGGGUGACUUAUGGUAAUAUGGAGGUGGAGCUUAAUGUAGGUGUGGUGUGAGAACCUAGGAGUAUGGCUUGAUGCAUAUUUAGGUAAGAGCAUGUGGAGUUGGAGUACAGGAGGCAGAACUUAAGGAACAUGGAGACAGGACCUUAUACUGAAGUUUCCCCUUUUCCCUGUGCUAAUGAUUUUGUUCCACUAAGAGAAGAAAUGUUACUGUUGGAAUCUGCAUGUGUUUGUGUAAACAAUUACAUUUUUAUAUGAAGCGUUGUCAUGUGAAUGAUGGCAACCGUAGUGUGUGUCCCGUGUGUGUGUGUGCGCGUGUUCAGCUCCUGGUCAGAAGAUUUAAAAAAUCGUUUAUGCCCAACGUUAUUUUACUGUGAUAACUUUUACAGAAGCAUAUUAGUGUUUAUUAGUCCUCCCUGUUGGAAAAAAGACUCAUCUUUAAUGGUUUCCAUUACAUAAUGGGUGUCAGCUUAUUGGUUUCCAUUAUGUAAUAGAAAACAGCUUAAUGGUUUUCAUCACAUACUAGAAAGUAGCUUAAUGAUUUCCAUUAUGUAAUGGGAAUCAGGUUAAUGUUUUCCAUCAGGAAUGUUCUGAUUACUAUUAAACACCACCAGAACCUAGUAGGACCUUCUUUCAUGGCUCAGUGUUUAUCAUUAGAAUACAAUUUAAAAAGCCAUCUGGAAUCAUUAGAAACAACAUUAAUCUACCAUUACAGACCACCAGAAACACAUGUAACUCAUUAAUAAACCAUUACAGAUCUUCAGCAGGGAUUUAGCACUGGUGUGGAGAGUGUGUCAUCAUUUAAAACUGUUUGCUAAAGCUAGCUAGUAUAAAUUAGCUUGUAUUAUAUAAGCUUGAAAAAGCUAAUUAGCUAGCUAUCUUUAAAAAUGUGAAAGGCUAAUUAACUUGCUAGCUUAAAAAUGGCACAUUAGCUAGCUAGCUAGCUUUUAAACAGCUCCUGUACUUAUGAAAGUAAAAAAAAUUGGAUGUCAGUAUUGGUGAUUGGAUGACGCUCUGAGUUUAAAUAUUUGUAUCAUGUUAAAAUAAAUAAAUAAAAACACCGCUGCACUGUUAUAUGGUGUUUAAUGUGGCCCUGUUUGAAAACAGGAAGCCGUAAGCACAUAACAUUAUGUACUGAGAAAAAUCCUGAAUAUUUUAUAUACAUGGUCAACAUUUUUAUAAUAAAGUGUGAAUUAAAGGGUCA